GCUGCCAGUGCUAACAGUACCAAACACAAGUCGAUGACCGUGAACUCCUCCUCCAAUGAUGGACAAGAAAAGUGCGAAUGGCUUUCCAUCCAAGGCCGGGGAGGGAGGAGUUCAGAGAAAGCAACUCCCUUACUCGGUGGAGACACCCUAUGGCUUCCACCUGGACCUAGAUUUCCUCAAAUAUGUUGAUGACAUCGAAAAAGGCAACACCAUCAAGAGGGUCCACAUUCAGCGAAGGGUCAAGGGUCCUCCAAAAUUCAGCACUCUUCCCAGGAAUUUCAGCCUCCCUGGGCAUGGGGCCAGGCCUGCCCCCAAGGAAAAGGACAGCGCUUGGUCUGGUACCUCCACCCUGGGGCCCAAACCCAAAUCACGGGUGACGGAAGUUCAACAGAUUUUUGACUUCAGACCCAGUGAUGGGGGGACACCCAGCAGGGGGACAACCAGCCAGGGAGGUGGCUAUGUAUCGGUGAAGCCCAGAGAAGAAGUUGGCGCUGGAGCUCGGGGACUGGAAGAGAAGCCUGUGAGCCUUCAGGCUCGGCCGAACCUGCUCCGAGCCUCCAGCAUGCCCAUCACCCUACAGCACCGGAAAGGCUCUGACUCCAGCAGUCCGGACCGGGUUGUGGGGACACCAGAGAAUGGCUCAUCAGAGAAUGUGUUCCGUGCUUCGCCAGACAUAACAGACAGACGGUGUGUUCCUCAGGACCGGACAGGACUCCACCAGCAGAUCACAGUUGCAUUGAAGCGAGUGAGAGAGCUUGAGGAGCAGGUCAAAACCAUCCCAGAACUGAAGGCUCAGAUCUGCUCACUCAGAGAAGAGAGGGAGCAACUACUGCUUCAGCUCCAAGUCCAGACCCAAGCCCAGGCUUCCACCUUAUCCUCUAUUCCAGAUUCGAUCUCUGAUGGUGGGACACACGCCCAACCACAAGGAGGAGGGUUGAACUCAGGCCUGACAGCUCUACCCAAGGGUGUUUUGGAAGCUACAGCUUGUUUGUCAGUGGAGCAGGCAAUACAGGAGGACAAACAAGGUGUAAUACAAGCAAGUGGAGUGUCACAGACAGAAAGAGAGAUGAGGGCUGAAUCUGCAACAAGUUCCUUGGUACAAGGAGAAUUGGGUGGGCUUUCAGAGAAGGAAAGGGAAAGACAAACACAGCCAUCAGAAAAAUCAGACAGACAAAGAGAGACAUUAGAAAACCAGUUACAGCAUGCAGUGAAAAAACUAUCACAGGACAUUGCAGUGCAGGAAUUAACAUCACUUAAUAUGGCCAUGAAACAAAUUGAGGGAGUUAGCAAUGUUCAAGGUGCUAGUGCAGUGGAAGAUGGAAAAAUUGUGUGCUAUCAUAUCAGUAGUGAUGAGGACCUAGUAAGUGUCCAGCAGUUGCAGGACAAACUAUCAGCGCUGGAGUCUAAAUUAACCCACGCUAGCCAAGAGCUUGAGAGAACUAACAGCCUCUUGAGAGAACAAAUAGAAGAGAACAAGCUGAAAGAAGAGAGGAUACUACAGCUGAGUGAGGGAAUGAGAGUGGAGGUGUGUACUACUGAGACAGAGAGCAGGCCAAGGAGAGAAAGCAUAGACAGGGGGACAGAGACAGAGAGAGUAGGCUUGGCCAACCAGGAAACGGCGACAGAAUCACCUGGCACUGUAGAUCAGGGAACAGAUACAGAAAAAAUAUGUAUUGAAGUGUGUGUACCCAGUGUAAGGCCUCGAAGUGUGGAUCAUGUACCAGAGACUGAGAAAGUUGACACGUAUGACCAGCUGACAGAGAUGGGAGCAGAGGCUGCAGCAAGACCGAGGGCCAACAGCAUGGAUCAGGGCACAGAAACUGAGAAGGUUGACACUCAGGAUCAGAUGACUGAAACACCAGUGACAGAUAGGGUCAAUCAAGUCACAGAGACAGAGGCAGACAUGGUAACAAAUCAUCCAUUGAGGCCGAGGGCCAGCAGCGUGGACCAGGGGACAGAAACAGAGAGGGUGGACACUGUGGACAGGGUGACAGAGACAGUGGCAGCACAGAGAGCAGACCAGCAGACUGAAACAGAGAUAGAGAGACGAACAGACAACAAUCCAGCCAGAGAAGUUGGUGCAGAGAGUCAAGUAACAGAAAGUGAGGGCAGCCAAGGAGCAGAUGUACAAGUGGUCAGUGAAACAGUGCAAGAUAAGAAUGAUAAUGAAAGAACUGCAAGAGACAAUACAGGCAGUCAAAGUGUGAUCACAAAAGAAGUUGUCACAGAGAGUUCAGUUGCAGUUACAGAAAGUGUUUUCAAACAAAGUUUAGUUCCAGGCAGUGUGUCCCAAGAUGAAGAGCUUACCAGUCAAAUUACUGCAACAGGAGAAAGCAGAGAUACUGUAUCUGAGAUUAAAGAGAGCGCUGCAGAGAGUGAUUCAGAAGCAAAGACUGUAGUAACAGAAAUUGUUAAAACAGAGCAAGCUGCAUUGGAAACUGUAGAGACACAACAAACAGUGAUAGACAGUGAGAUUGUGAGUGUUACAGCCAAAGAGACUGUGGUCACUGACAGUGUUGUGGUAGCAGCAGAGAAUUCAGCUGUGAAGACAGCAGCUCCAGUGAGACCACAGAGAGGCCGGAAGCCCACAGCUGAGCAGUCCCAGCCCUCUCAGCCUCAGCUUCAGGCUCCACCUGUGCGUCCUCGCAGGGGAUCCAGUGAAACUCAACCCCAGUCACCCCAGACGCAGAAAAAAACACAGGCUCAAGCUCAGGCACAGGCCACAUCUCAGCCCCGAGUUCAAACCCCACCCCAGAGUAACUCUGGGGGCUCUAGUGAGACACAAAUCAAGCUGUCUGAACCACAGACAUCACCAGUCCAGACUCCUCUUAAAGUGGAACAUCAUCCCCCAGCCCAGAGGCUGUCUGAGAUAUCUAGCGAGGAUCAGCCUCAGGUUCAGACUCAGGCCGAGCCUCAGGUCCCAUCUCCAGGUCCCAGUGAAAAACAAACCCAGCCCCAAACAACUGAGACCCAGCCCCAGACAGCUGGAACCCGCCGGGGCUCCAAAGAGCUACAAGCCCCACGCAGGGGAUCCAGUGAAUCACAACCUGUUGGUCGUGGAUCAGGUGAAGCUCAGUCCCGCACUGUUCGCCGGGGAUCAAGUGAGGCUCAGUUUCAGGGCACUCGUAGGGGUUCAGGUGAGACUCCUCGCCGAGGCUCCAGCGAGUCACAACCCCUUCGCAAGGGCUCCAGUGAAGCUGCCAAGCAGCAUGGUUCAAAUGAAGCCCAAGCUUCCCGUCGGGAAUCAGGUGAGACCCAGCCUCCACGCAGAGGCUCCAGUGAGUCACCAACCUCACCUGCAGCUCUAGGCCAAGUCGUAACCCGUUUAACAGGGCUUCUGGGAGAGCAGUGGGCACAGUUGGGGAGCAGCUCUGGAGUUCAGCAGACAGCCACUCAGCAGGACACCCCCACGCCACAGAAACAGACUGCAGGGAAAAGAGCUGGUGCAGGGAAAGGAGCAUCAGCUAAGCCUGUGGGGAAACCAGCGCCAGCAGCAGCCGCAGGAAAGCCAUCGGGGAAACCUGGUCCUUCUAAGAUGAGCUCUAUUCAGAGCCAGCUGGUUAGCUCCCUCAGUGUUCUGUCUGCCUUCUACUCCCCGGGCCAGAAAGCUGCAGCAGCCAGCAAACAGCAAGAACAGGGUCUCAAAUCGAUUAUGAAGAAAAAUGGUGUUGCUGACAAGCAGGGCAAUGGAGGAGCCAAGAAAAAUCUGAAAUUUGUUGGGGUGAAUGGAGGCUACGAGACCACAUCCAGCGAGGAGUCCAGCGGAGAUGAGAAGACCAAGGUUGGGGUGGAGGAGGACAGCUCUGAGCCAGAGGAGGGGAAGGAGAAGGCGCUGCAGCCUGCAGAGGAGCCUCAAGAGGAAGCAGAGACCCAGGAGAUGGACAGAGAGGCUUUACCCCAAGAAGAACAAGCGGUAGCUGAGGAGAAGGAGAGCGAAGGAGACCUGCAGCUUCCAGAGGACAGCCAGGAGGAGGAGGCCGCAGGGGAGCAGGUUGACCAGGGGUUUAUUGAUGCUUGCCUCUACGUUAAAGACCGAAUGGAAGAGGUUUCAUCCCCAGACAAAGAAAUGCGUCAAGUAUUACUGGUGCUCUACCAGGAGUGGUUCAGAGUUUCCAGUCAGAAAAGCUCCCAGGCCGAGACGGUCACGUUAUACCUGCGCCAGGUGAGCCUGACCACGCCCACUCUUCUGCCGUAUGUUGUCAACUUGACGGACGGCAACGGGAACACGGCGCUCCACUACAGUGUGUCGCACUCUAAUUUCCCCGUGGUCAAACUGCUUCUGGACACAGGUCUCUGUGAGACAGACAAUGUGAACAAGGCGGGGUACACUGCUGUGAUGCUGGCUGCGCUGACAGCUGCAGAUAGUCCUGACGAUCUGGAGGUGGCGCUACAGCUGUUGAGACAGGGUGAUGUCAAUGCACGCUCUAGUCUGGCGGGACAGACAGCACUCAUGCUUGCAGUGAGCCAUGGCCGCAUUGCCAUGGUGAAACUGCUGUUGAGCUGUGGUGCAGAUGUAAACGCCCAGGACCGUGACAGCUCCACGGCCCUGAUGUGCGCUUGCGAGCACGGACACUUACACAUCGCCCGUCUGCUGCUGGAGACCGGACGCUGUGACACCAGCCUCACAGAUAAGAAUGGCCAGACAGCGCUGGCGGUGGCUGCUGCCGCCUCCCACCAGGACAUAUUUGACCUUCUAAAGGCCCACACUGAGGCCAAAGCCUCUGAACCCCCUCUGCCACACACCUCCACUGAGCCAGGACAACCCCACUGACUAAUCUAUACCAUUCCAGGACCCAUCCACCCACCCAAACCUCCUGAUCCCCUAACCCCCCCUUACCAGCCCACCAACCUAGAGGGAACAGGCUGAAUUCACCUCUCUAUUUGCCUCCGACACCUCAUGGUUGUGGUACAGCAGCAGUUCAAGAGAUGACUAUACCGUGACCACAGCCUUCAAAUAUGUGUCUGAAAAACAUUUGGACAUGCUUUACAUGCCCAGUGGAAAAGGUGGAUUUAUUCUGUAUAUCCUCAGCCAUGCCACUGCUAUGAGAGCUUGCAGACAAACUUCUGAGACUACAGCUUCAAACCGCACACGCCCACCUCUUCCUUCCAUAUCUCUGCCAACAUGGCCCGUGGGUGUUUACACCUGUGCCGCUUCAGCCAUUCAGUGGGCAGACAGCUAAAAGAGAGAGGGACCGGUCACCGUGAUGAAAAGACAUUGCCAUAGUGACACGGAUGAUUGACAGGAUAUAAAGUAGGGCCCAGGAUGGAUGGAUGGGUGAGGUGGAGCGGCAAGUAAAUGGAAUGACGCACAGAUGAAUAGCUGCUUCAUAUCAUCAACAAGCUCUUCAGGCGAAGUAUUAAGCACAUGAUCUACCUUCCAAAUAUUAUAAUACUGAAAAAAACUAUGCUAUUCUUUCUUUUCUUUUUUACAUCACUGACAUCAUUCUUGUCAUAUUUGGACAGAAGCCAUUAUUUAAAUCAUAGAAUAUAUAUAGAAUGUUAUUCUAACAGAUUAUAAUCAAAUGCACACACAAAAUAUAUUUUCUACUGCACUUUGUUUUAUGGUGUUUAUUGUGUAAAAUAGUCCUCUCAUAUUAUCAGUGCUUAGUGGAAACCUUAUAUCUCUAAGAGUCCAUUAUGUUACGACUUCAGUAAAUAUGUCAGGUUGUGUGGCCUAUUGAUUCCCAAAGGAUAUUUGACAUUUACACAGGUGAUGACAUCAUCUGUCAAUUCCUACUGACAAACAAAAGGCAUAUUUGGAGAUAAAAGGUUUCUGUUGGACACCAGAGAAGUAAUUUUUUUAUAUAUAUAUAUAUAUAUCAAGAUUAUAACCAGACCACAGAAAGAUUCAAGUCUUCCAAAGGGAAGGUUGUAUCGUACAGAAGGUGCUGCAUGCCAAUUUACAGUAACUCCCCCUGCUGGCUGUCUUGGUGUACUAAACCACAGUAUGUUGUAAUACUGCCUGUUAUCAUGAUCGACAUCUCUCUCUUUCUCUCUUAACUCCUUCUCUCCUCCAGUUCAAAUGUAAUGUAUGUCUUGUUCGCCUGCUUGUUCCAAAUCCAGUCAUGUAUGCAACUGCUACAAAAUGCACAAUGAAUGUCAGGCUGGCUGUGAUACAUUCCAAGAGAAAAUGUAGCAAGACUAACUGUGCUGGCAUGGACCAUGGGAGUCCCCGAGCCUGCUGAAGCACAGAUAGAUCUAGGCAUGCGCAGGAUAGGUCAGAUAUAGGACUGAUACACUCUCUCUCUCACACACACACACCCACCCACCCACCCACACACACACACACACACACACACACACACACACACACAUAAACACGUUUGUUUGGGCCCUAUGUCACUCUUAUUUGACAUUUCAUAUAUUAGAAGAAUCCAAGUACACAGAUCUGAUCUGCACAGACUUUCAGACUGAGAUAGACUGAGUGAUACUGAGUGAUAUUGUAUAUUAGCUCCAGCCGGUCUUUAAAUUAGCAAGAGAAGGGUGUCUCAAGUAACGGCUGGGCUGUUCUGGUCACACCUCCAGGCAUGCGCACUUCAAAAUGUUAAACUGGCAAUAUGCUAAACCCCAGGACAAUGUAUGCUGCCCUAUGGUGCCUACAGCCCAGUCCAAGAAAGUGUCUUUUUUUCUUUCUUUCUUUCUUUUUUUGAAUGCACAUCAAGGAGGAGCAAUAUUUAGGGAAAAUAAGAAACCAAGCAGGUUGAUUGGCUGUAUGUCUAGCCUUAAUCAGACAGCCAUCCAUGUGUUCUAGGGAGGGUGGUCUUUUCUCUCUCUCCUGUUUACCAGACGCCUAGACCCAUAUUCACAAAGUAUCUUAAGACAGGAUUACUGGUCUGACACCGUGUUUACAACUUCCAAGUUCCCCUCCAGUGACCUCAUCAACAAUCCGACAAACGUCCAGACGUCGUGAGUAAAUCGUCGGUUUACAGGACACAAUGGAGGACGCAGGACACAGUUACCAGUUUUAUCUGAGCAGAUGCACCUGGGUGCCUCCUGUCACCUUCUUUACCUCCAGCUUCAUUCAGAUUGGGAUCAUAACUGGCGGACAUCACAAUACUUUAUGACUUUAUGAGAUGAAUGAUUAAAAAAAAAAAAGAUAUUAGAGUGGGAUAAAGAAAGCUGAUAGGGUCACUGAAGGUGGGAUUUAAAGGGGAAUACCACUCAAUUUAACAACUGCCAGAUCCAUGGUCUAUGACAGUCCAGACAACUAAAGGUUCAGCUCCCUUUGGAGAAACAUCAGGAUUUGUGUCUUAAUGAGAAACGCAGCAUCUCGGCUCUCUUUUGAAAAGUUGUUAUUAUGAAUCCACGUCAUGCCAAAUUUAUAUUGCCUUGUUUAUGUUGUGCUGUCUUGCAAGCGCACAUGUUGUUUUAUAUGGGCUGUAGUCCGACCAGUAAUCCUAACCCAGUACUUUAUCAUUCCCAGACACUUUAUAAAUAUGGGUGCUGACAUGGGACUGUAUAGACUGAUCUAAAAAAUACUUAUAUUAUAUAAAGUAUAUUAGAGAUAUAUAGUACUAUAUACCGUGGCUGUAUUUACACAGGAACAAAAAAGAUUCACAACAUCCUCUUAGUGAUCAGGUCAUUUUCAUGUGUUGACUUACAAUGGAACAAAGAUUUUCUUAGCAAUAAGAUUGCAUGAUCACAGGAUCAGAAAAUCUAAGUUUGAACCCUUCACAGCAUGUCUUACGCUUUCAUGGCUGUCUGAAUAUGGGGGAAGUAGAGUCUCUGUCGUUUUCCUCAUUUUAAACAGCGGUAAGAUGACCUGAGCCACUAAAGAUUAAACAUCUGAUCUUCCGUGCCUGUGUAUUCGGUCUUUAUGGAAACUGGGUCCGCAUCUCUAAUCCUAUGUGACCCAGAUUUUAUGGGUUUUCAUAACUGGCUGAAUAACAAAAAUGUCAAAUCAAAUCUGGGUCACACAGGGUUAAAGAUAGGUUUGCAUCUGUUCCUGUAAAUCCAGCCAAAUACAUGUACAUACAGUAUUGUGAAAAUAUAUUCCAAGUAUUGUCUGGCAGUUUGCUCUUAAAUGAUAUUUAGUAUUUAUUCCAAAAUGCUAUAUUUUUUACCGUAUACAUGUAUGCAUGGACAAAUAUUCCAAUGAUUGUGAUGGAAGGGAGUUUGGGGAUCCUGCAAAGGGUGAUGGGAUAUAAUGCUGAGUGUUCCCGGACUAUGUGAUGAUUUGGCAUCCCGUUGGUUGGCUGAGUGGUAUGUGUUUGUGAUUGGACAAAGUGGCGGACUGUGUCAUGUGCCCUUGAGUGCUAACCUUGAUCAUUGGCGGAGAUAUUAUGAAGCUGACCCAACACUGGCUUGAGCUGUAGGGACAACCUCACCCUGUUUGAAUACGUGUCUGAAUAUGAGAGUCUGUACAUGACAGUCAAAUGUAAAAACCUGUACCUCUAUGUAAUAUUCCUUGUACAAUGGGCUUGUAUGUUACAAAC